UUUUUCCUCCAACAAACGCCAAAAUCUCAAGAACAAAAAUCACUCUCUCUCUCUCUCUCUCUCUCUCCCUCUCACACACACACACACACACACACACACACAGUGCUGCGUUUUGUUAUUGUGAACAGUCUGUAGCUGUAGCUGUAGCGAGUUCAUCGCUCUCGCAGCCAUGAACGCGAGAGCCCUUCUAAUCUCUCUCCCCACCGAUUUCCACUCAUCUCCCAAACACAACUUCCCGCCGGACAUUUCCGUUUCGAGAAAGAUUUCCUGUUCCGAAUCGCUGUUUCGUCUCCGUUUUCUCCCGGCCGACCGCGCAGGAAAUCGUCGCGUUUCGUCUCCGUUUUCUGACGGUUCGGUUCGGAGAAGAGUUGGGAGAGUGUGGGCGGAAGUGAAGUCGGACUCGGCGCCCAAGGCAGUGAAAUUGGAGGACGCCUUGGGCGAUGUCGUUUUCAAAAGGGAGGGGGACGAUGUUGAUGGCGAAUUGGAGAGUGCGGUUCCGUGGUGGGAAGAGUUCCCGAAGCGUUGGGUGAUUGUAGUCCUCUGCUUUUCUGCGUUUCUACUCUGCAAUAUGGAUAGAGUAAACAUGAGCAUUGCCAUACUUCCCAUGUCCCAAGAGUUCAAAUGGAAUCCAGCAACAGUUGGCUUGAUACAAUCUUCAUUUUUCUGGGGCUACCUUCUCACCCAGAUUGCUGGAGGUAUUUGGGCAGACAAAGUUGGUGGAAAGGUGGUCUUGGCAUUUGGUGUGGUUUGGUGGUCUGUUGCCACAGCUCUGACACCCGUUGCUGCGAAGGUUGGCUUGCCCUUCUUGCUUGUGGUUCGUGCCUUAAUGGGAAUUGGCGAGGGUGUUGCCAUGCCAGCUAUGAAUAAUCUCCUAUCAAAGUGGGUACCUGUAGCAGAAAGGAGUAGAUCCUUGGCCCUAGUGUAUAGUGGCAUGUACCUUGGAUCUGUUACUGGCCUGGCAUUUUCACCCUUUCUGAUACACGAUUUUGGGUGGCCAUCUGUCUUUUACUCUUUUGGUUCUCUAGGCACUGUUUGGGUUGCAGUGUGGCUCAGUAAGGCACACAGUUCACCUCUUGAAGAUCCUGAACUGCGGCCUGAGGAAAAGAAGUUAAUUCUCAGGAAUAGCAUGUCGAAGGAGCCUGUUAAAUCGAUACCUUGGAGAUUAAUCUUGUCAAAAUCACCUGUGUGGGCCUUAAUAGUCUGUCACUUCUGUCACAAUUGGGGAACAUUUAUUCUUCUAACAUGGAUGCCUACUUACUAUAACCAGGUCUUGAAGUUCAAUCUCACGGAUUCUGGGCUCUUAUGUGUACUUCCUUGGCUGACGAUGGCAUUUUCUGCAAACCUUGGUGGGUGGAUUGCAGACACGCUGGUGAGCAAGGGUUUAUCUGUGACCAUCGUACGGAAGAUCAUGCAGAGCAUUGGAUUUCUUGGCCCUGCUUUUUUCCUAACUCAGUUGAGCCAUGUUAAUUCUCCUGCAAUGGCUGUCUUGUGCAUGGCAUGCAGUCAGGGAACUGAUGCAUUCUCACAGUCUGGUUUGUAUUCAAACCAUCAAGAUAUUGCCCCUCGAUAUUCGGGGGUAAUGCUUGGUUUAUCCAAUACUGCUGGAGUCCUGGCAGGUGUUUUUGGAACAGCAGCAACUGGUUACAUCUUGCAACAUGGUUCUUGGGAUGAUGUCUUCAAGGUUUCGGUCGGGCUCUAUCUUUUUGGAACAGUGGUCUGGAACCUUUUCUCUACCGGCGAGAAAAUCAUCGACUAAAAAUCAUAAGAAUAGCUCAUUAGGAUGGGGAAAAUCAGACUUUUCCACUCCCCGACAAGAGAAAUUGAUAGAAGUUAGAUCAAUUGAACGGGAGAAAAAUGGAAGAUCAUUCAUUUCGUUGUUUGGCUUGAGCGGCCGAAUUUUUUUGAACACCACGCGGAGAGCUCGGAAGGAGAAUGACAAGAAUGCCCUGUGCAAUCUCCGUGAGGGGAUGAUAAAUAUGCUAAAAUAUCAUUGACACAACUUGUACAUGUCAUGACACCCACAUACCAACACACCAAUUUAUAAUACUGCAACAUUAUUUGCAGUAUAGUUGCACUCUUGUAAAGAUUCUUAGUAUUUUUUGAGUAAUUAUUUUUUGUUUUA